GCCAAACUGGUAUAUUACAUGAAAACCAAAAACCAGUAGAAAUUAUAGUAAAAUUUGUACACAUAUAAAAUGUCAUCACUAGGAGCCAAAUUGCUUGUCAAUUCUUUAAGAAAACUGUCAUACUCACAAGCCAGACAUGUUCACAGAACAUUACCAAUGUCUACUAAGAAAUGGAACAUUGGAAAGAUAAAUCAUGUAGCUAUGGCAACACCAGACAUAGAGAAAGCUACCAGUCUUUUUAGGGAUGUCCUUGGUGCUAAAGUCAGUGAGAAGCAUCCACAGCCUGAACAUGGUGUAUACACUGUAUUUGUUGAACUUGGAGACACAAAAAUUGAGUUACUGAAUCCAUUAGGAGAUAAAAGCCCAAUUCAGAAUUUUUUAGACAAAAAUAAAAGUGGUGGUAUGCAUCACAUAUGUAUAGAGGUUGACAAUAUAGAAGAGGCAAUGAAGGAUUUAAAAUCAAAGAAAAUCCGAUUGUUAAGUGAUGAAGCUAAAAUUGGAGCACAUGGCAAACCAGUCGUAUUCCUCCACCCAAAAGACUGUAAUGGUGUACUAGUUGAACUAGAGCAACAAUGAAGAAGUCUUUACAUAAUUGUAUGGAUGACUGCUGGCUAUCAAACAUCUGCUUUAGAGAAUUCUUAUGAAAUAAUACAUGAGCCUGACUUAAAAAGUCACAAUAACUGUAAUUUAUGUAGUGCUUUUAUGAUGGUUCAUUGUCAUUUUAAGAGUUUUAUAUUGGUUUUUUCUAUAUUUUGUUGUUUUUUAGAAUAUUCAAGGACACAGGAGCUAUGUGUUUGCACCUCCCAAACUCUUUGUUAAAAUGAUUGAAAAUAUAAAUAAAUUGAAGGAGGACACUGACUAACUUCUAGACUAUUAGACUAUAGAUGUGUGUGUUUUCUGAUUUUGGUUUGUUUUGCUUGUUACCCCCACCUUCCUACAUCUACUCAUACCAAACUGAUAUUUGAUAGGUUUUUUAUUUCAGUGCAUUGGAAAGCAUACCUGUUAGGUGUUAUCUUUCAGACAAAGUAAAUUUGUAGUUUAUUUUCCCAACUGUAUUUAACAUAUAAAUGUGAACAAAAAUUAUUAGGGUUGUGCAUAUUACUUUAAGUAAAUUGGUGGUAUUUCUGAUAUGAUGAAAUUUUUUUAGCAUUAGGAACAUGUUGAGCUGCAUCUGAAUAUCAAAAAAAUUGAAUACUUCAAGAGAUAAAAGCAAUUAAAAUUUGAUGAAUAGAUCUAUAAGUAAAAAGAAUGUACAUAAAAAGGUAAAAAAAUACAUUUUAAAACUUUGAAUUGCAAGUUAUCUAAAUUCUGUCCACAGAAUUUGUUUGAAAUGAUAUGUUAUCAUGGUUAUGGCUAUGAAAAUUUUGUUGUAAAGAUAUAAAAUUUAUGUGGGGUCAGUAUAAAUCAAUGAGUCUUGUUGUAUAGUGAAAACAGACUUAAAAAGGACAAAAGAAACAUAAAAUCAUUAAAUCAUCAACUUCAAAAUCAUAGUUCUCCUGGUUUUUCAAACAACACUCAAACUUAUAUGAUUUAAACAGCAAAAAUGAAUCUGGUAAUUCCUAAUAUAUUAUCUCCAAAAAGGAAAUGUUCAAACAAUAAUAUAUUGAUAUGAAUAAAUGUUGUCCUAGAUCACAACUUUAAAUGUAAAAAUUGCAUUUUUUCACAGCCUACAUUCUAUACAUUAAAACUGAUUUGUAGGUCUUUUCAUAGAUUUAUAUUGAUUGUAUCACUUAAUGUAUAAAUGGUACAUACCAUAUUUUUUUUUCGAUUUCCAGAUGAGUGUCAAGUGCAUACAAAAUUUCACAAAAAUUUGAAAUACUGGCCAAUUAUGUAUACUGAGUGGCCAUUGUUGACAUUGAGCAUGACACAAGUUCUUCAGAAUCUCUGGUCUUCCUUUUAAGUUUGAUAAAAUGGCAAGUUAAAUGUAUGGCUUAGCCAUGAUAGAGCAUUAAACUAUGACAUCAUGCAUGUCGAUUGUAUAUUUAUAUAGCUUUUAAAGCACUGAUAUAUUUACACUUAUAAACAAUCACAAUAAAGUCAUUUAUAUUA